AUGGCUCGAACUAUUCGUGAUCUAGAACGUCUUGUGGCAGAAGCCGUCGAGCUUGCUGAAACAGCAGGGGCUCCUGUCGACCAAUCCUUACCGGACGAGACACGCCAGAAUUUGGCGCGUCGUCCAACUUUGGGUCUUGCAAAGAAGAUUAGCCAGUACCUCGAGGAAGUUUCUUCGAAAGCGACCGAGCCAGAUCCCACAUCGAACAGCGAAUCGCCGAGUUCGAAACCAUCUUCGCCCAAGUCGCCGUACCCUCAGGACCAGAAGGAGAAGGAAGUCGAGACAGUUCGCUGUCAGGGUCCCUGUAGCGCUGAUGAUUUGCUCGUCCUACCACCCGAACCGGUCGCGGAGCCCAUGUACGACAAAAGGCCAAAACUGGUACGAAGCAGAACAUCAAUUGAGGCGAGCCCGAGUUCCCCUGGAGCAAAGAGCCUCUUUCUCUCACCUCCUCAAAUCGGACCUCGGACCACUUCUGCAAGACCCGAUGACGAGAGCCGACCUCAUAUGCCACUGCCCACACCUGCCAUUCAGUUGAAUAGCGACAAGCUGAAGGUUCACUUCGAGGAAGACAAGGAGCCGCUGCUCUCAACACCCCGAUCGGGUCAUGAAAGACACUUCAGCGAUAUGUUUGGAGUCCCUUCCCGACAUGUGAGCAUCAACAUGGCGCAUCCAGCGGCAUCCCCAGAUUACAAGAUCGACCUCAAGGGUGCACGCCAUGUCGAUAUAGCUAAGAGCCCAGACGACUUGAACGUUCACAGUACUUGUCAUCAUGCUCCUGUAGCACGAAACUGGCCGGGCUCGCGGAAGCGUUUCGCUGCAUGGAUGAGCUGCAUCAACACCGCCUGCAUCGGUAUACUCCUCGGCAUAUAUGCAGGAGAAGUACCCGCAAUCCAAUACGUGAUUGUCGACGUCAACCGACAGGUAAUCCUUGGGAAUGUGUGCCUUUACAUCGGCUUGGCCAUUUCCACCUUGAUCUUCUGGCCCCUGCCUCUCCUGCACGGAAGGAAACUGUACACGCUCGUUUCCCUGGCAUCAGCAUUGUGCUUACAGAUACCUCAGGGGAUCAUGGUACUCUCUUUCAGAGAUCCGCACGUAGGGCGGUACCGCAUCGUACUGCUUUUGUCCCGUGGUAUAUCGGGCUUUGCUCUCGGAUUUGCCAACAUCAAUAAUUUCGCGACGUUGUUGGAUGUCUUUGGCGCGUCCCUGCAGAGUGACGAGUCGCAGGAACAAGGCAACCCGUACGAUGUUCGCAGACAUGGUGGAGGGAUGGGGUUGUGGCUAGGAUUCUGGUCCUCCUGCUCUCUUGGCACAAUCAGUAUUGGCUUCUUGUUAGGGGCGACUAUCAUCAACGGCACGUCUGUGGACUGGGGCUUCUGGGUUUCGUCGCUGCUGCUGAUGCUUGUAACCCUGCUCAACGUCAUGGCACCGGAAGUGCGUCGAUCUGCCUUCCGUCGAACCAUUGCGGAGAUCACUGGAGAAGGAGGCAGCUUCAGCAGGGUUGCUCGUGGCGAGAUUAAGUUCCAUCUCACCGGGAAUGGGCCCUACUGGUGGGGCGAGGAGGUUCUUGCAGGUAUCCGGUUGAGCUGGCGCAUGGUCAAGCAGCCAGGCUUUUUGGUGCUGUCAAUCUAUGGCGCUUGGGUCUAUGCGCAAUUCAUCCUAGUGAUCAUGUUGCUGGGCGCCCUGGCCUCGACUCAGUACCGGUUGCACGCAAACGAAGUCGGUGUCUGCGUCUUCUCUCUCGCUCUCGGGUCAGUAUCUGCAAUACCUUUUCAGACUGGUUCCUGGUUCAGUCGUUCUCGUUACCACCCAUCUCGGACCGACAGCAUGACAUUCCAAAAGGCAAUGGUCUGGUCUUCGCAUACUGUACGACGAUUGUUGUACACACUGUUCCUGCCGCUCACAGCAAUCGGAUACGCACUCUCCUCCAGAGACCCGCCGUUUCCAAUCGCAGUGCCGUGCAUUUUUGCGGGUCUUGUUGGUUUCGGCGCGAACCUAGCAAUCGCAGAGUGUUUUGCUUUACUGAUGGGUACGUUCGAUACAUCAGACUUGCAACCGGGCAUGACUGGUCGUCCGGCUCGAAAAUCCAUCACGGGGCGCAUCCGAGAGCAAAGAACCAACUUUUCCUGCUAUCCACGAGUUAGUGCUGGCGUUGCAGUGACUCAGUUCCUCAUGUUUGUAUUUGGCGCCGUCGCCACAGGAAUUGGUGGUCGCGUGGAACGAAGAUAUGGUGCAGAACAGUCCGCUGGCAUCGUCGCUGGUGUUCUGAUGGCACUCACGCUUGCUCUCACCGUGGUACUGUACAAAUGGAAGAGUGUCCAGAUGAUUCCUGUUGGUCGGGAUCGUACCAGGGAGGAGAGUGCGGAGGGUUGGGAACCUGUAAUCCUGGGUCUUCCAAGCGGAUUCACCCGCAAGAUAAACACACUUGAAGCAGGCACUUACAGCCGGUGGUCAGAGAUUCGACGUCGGAACCAUUUGACAACGGAGCUUCGAGAGGUUGAAGGGCUCUAG